AUUCCUAUUUAAUUUUCUAUUACAUUUAUUUAGCUGGGCAGGCAAUUUAUUCCUAUGAAUAUACUAAUCCAAAGGUUACAUAAGCCAACCGAAUGUACAUAAUUACCAUCGAGUUCGCUCGUGUUUUUGUUUGACUGGUUUAGGUAUCGUGUCGUUUGCAUUAUUGUAUAGCUACUUUCUCCGCUUUUUUAGAGAUGAAUAACCUCUUUCAAAACUUUAAGAGGAUUUUGGACAAAUAUCCAAUAAUUGUUAAUUCUGUCGUAUAUGGCUCAUUGUGCGUUGGAGCAGAAUUUUCCCAACAGACUAUUACAAAAAAAUUGUUGGAUGAUCCACCUAAACCAUAUGACUGGAAUACGCUUGGUAGAUACACAAUUUAUGGAACAACUUUAGCUGGGCCUAUGUUAACAGUUUGGUAUAGAUUUUUAGAUAAAAAAUUUGUGGGAACAACGACCAAAGUUAUUGUGAAGAAGUUAUUAAUAGAUCAAUUUUUUUUCACACCACAGCUGUUGCUUGUGUUUUAUGUAUCUAUGAGCGUAAUGGAAAGGAAACCUGAUAUCUUUGAGGAGUUUAGGCAGAAGAUUGGAAACACUUUCAAGACAAGUUGCAUGUUCUGGUUACCAGCCCAGUCCAUAAAUUUUCUUUUAAUUCCUCCAGCAUUUAGAGUUACGUAUGUCGGGACAUGUUCUUUUGCGUGGGUGAACAUCCUUUGUUGGAUCAAGCGACAGUCAUAACGAUACAAAAAGAAGAGGCAAAUAUACUUUUGAUGCAAUUACUACUAGUUUGAUUGCUGAAGAUACUGCCAUAUAACUCAAUAGUUCAUUCCAGUCAAAUUGGAUUAAAAUAAAGGCAAAUGAAGAAAUAAUUUAUAAUAUUUUGAGAUGUUGGGUAUUAAUUUUCAGCCGAAAUAGGUGUCCUAGAAUAAUUUCCAGUACUUAUAUGAAUUAAUGAAAUUUCAUUCCAAAUAAUAUCACGUUUCUCCCACUUCCACGCAUAUGACACGAAGGAAAACGGCUAAGUUAGAAAGUGACCGUCUCUCUUUUUUGUGUACACCAUAAGCGAAGAUAGAAAUAGACGCUUGUAAAAUAGAACAUUGCUUGUGUUCGCGCGCAGGCUGAAUAUAUCGGCAGGCUAUGCAAAAAUCAGUCGGCAAGUUGUCUUUACAUCUAAUUUGUGGCGCAGAGAUUUAUAUGCAAUUUUUUUAAACUGCACGAUUAGGAAGAAUGACCAGCAGCAAUCCUCUUACUUUGUGGACGUUGUUUUCCCCAAAAAAAUUUCCGUGUCUUUCUUACUGGUCCUAUCAUGAAUCACUAUCCAAAAUUUUAUAAACUAUUUCUUCUAAAAUGCUAAUUUGACUGGAGGUUACUCCAAUUGUAUAAAUUUUUGCUAGACUUACUUAUAAUUUUGAUUCAGAACGUCAAACAUUUUUCAAAAACAAGCAGUCCAACUUUUACACUAUACCUAUCAAUAUAAGGCUAGUUGGAAGAAAUCCUAAAACACAAUUUUGAAAAAUCAAUACCCUGUGCAAUCGGUGAGUGAUAUUAUGUUCAUUUGCACAUAAUCUUAAUUAUUAUAAGUCAUAGUAUGUAAGAUAUAAUGUAAUUAAUUCUUAAGUUUUUUUUUUUUCAUUUUAUAAAAUAGAAAUAUGGUGUUGCAACUACUGUGAUAGAUAUUUGCAUGUAGUACGAGUAGAUAUAGAAAUUUUGGUUUCCUAAUGGAAAAAAAAAUCUUGUUAAUCAAGGUUCAUAUUUUUAAUAAUUUAAUAUUGUCGUUUUUAUUGUAUAAGUGAGUUUUUGUUUAACUUAAAAAUAGAGGUGCAUAUAAACAUAGACCACAUAUUUUUCUUCCUUCUACUUAUGUAUCUUUGAAAAUUGGCACCAUUAAGAACUAUAGUAAAACAUUUAUUUCUAGUUACACAAUUAUAUUGUCUUAUUUUAUGUAGGUAUGUA